AUGGAUCCAAAAUUUCGAUCAUAGACCUUUGUUACAGAUGAGAAUGUAGAAAUUCCAUUAAAGGACAAUAAUAUUGCCUUCUAAGUGUAAGAUAUUAAUAGCAAAAUCACCUUAGAUUAAAUAUAAGAUAAAUCAGGAUAGAUAUACCUAACUUUCACAGCUGUACGCUCUUACAGAAACAGUACUGAUUACAUCCGUACCGAAAUUGAUAUAAUAUAAUGUUAAGAUCCAUCUCUAAAGGGGUUUUACUGCUUAGAUUUCUCUAAAAAUCCAGAGUCUGCUUCAAUAGAAAUAGGUAACAAUAACAAUAUUCUAUCUACUUUAAGUCUGUUAGUUUAUAGAUGCUAAGACACAGAUGUAUACAAGCCUAAAGCUCCUAAAAAUUGUGCUAAUCCUAUUGAUAUUGAAAAAUAUAUUAAUAAUGUAAACAACUCCAUUAAAUUUAAGCUAUUGACUUAGCAAUACAAUAUAACUUCAAAGGAAAAUCAAGUUAAUUAUAAAAAUAUUUUCACAUUUAUGUCAGGGGCAUAGCUUGCAAUUAUAGGUAUGUAGGUGUAGAAGUAAACAACUUUAGUCAAUGAUGGUUUGCUUGUAUAAUCAUAAAAUAUUUACUCUGCUCCUAUUUCUAUUUCUACUGGAACUUAAUAUUUAAAUUACUAAACUUUUGUACAAACGACCAAUAGAAAAUACUUUAUGCAGUAUUCGUUUACAGUUGAUGAAUCUGCUUAAUACAUUCAAAUUUAAUUCCCUACAUUUCCUGAAGUUUUAGCAUUAUGUAAUAGUACUUUAUCUCUUUUGAUGUGUUUAGGUAUUGUAGGUAAGUAUAUGGCCAAUAAAUUAAUAAAGUAGAAUUUAUUAAUUACAAUUUUGCAAAGUUAUUAUUAAGGAACUUUAGAAAAAAUAUUAAAAGUCAAUUAGUUGUAUUAGUCAAAUGAAGAAAAUAAACUAAUUGAAUUGACAGAAAGCAAAGAGAUAAUCGAAAGUGAGGACAAUCAGAGUCCAAUUUAAGUUCGCUCUAUUAGAAUUAAUUCAAGAGAGUCAGUUUUAAGCACACUUAGGGAUUAUUAGAACAAUAUUAAUCCUUCCUAAAAAGAUGAAAUUAAGGAAGAAGAUGACAUUUUUUUAAAAAACUAAUAAUUUCAAAAGGAUAAAUUUCUUUAUUAAAACGAACAUUAACCAAAUUUGAAAAAUUAAUGUUGCUAAGAUCAAAGUGAAUAGAUAAAUACCAUUGAAAUGAAUUCAGACAGAUCAGAACCAAUGAUAAAUUUAGAAUAUAAACAAUAAUAAGAUAAAUAAUCACUUUAUUAAGUUUAAAAUACGAAAUCUCCAAUCGCAAAUUUAAAUAUAAAGUAGAGCAAACUUUUGAACAAGAAAGAAUAUUUGAAGUCUAAAGGUCUUGAUCCAUAGAUUUUAAAUUGCUUAAACGACUAGGUAGAUAACAGUUUAGACUUUUUGAAAUUUUUCAAAGACUUAAUACUCCUGAAAAAGGCGAUGAUGAUGAUUCUAACAAAAGACCAAAUGGCUGCUCUUUAGUUAGUUAAGUGUUCAGAUGAAUUCUUACAAUAGUUUUGUAGUUAAGAAUAAUAAACGCUAAAUGAAUCUAGCAUGAAUCACUUUGAAGAAUAGAUAGCAGUUUCAUUAUCAGAGGAUUACCAAAUAAACUAAAUUAAGUUAUUUUUACAAAAGUGCUAGGUACAAGAAAACUUGAAUGAAAUAGAUUAAAGAAUAUAUUCUUCUAUAAUUUGA